GCUUGAUUUUGUGUAUUAUGCAGUAUUGUACUAUUUAAUAUGUACUAUGUUAUUGUAUAUUUAAUAUGUACUAUGUAUUUAUAUUUAACAUGUAAUAUUUACAUGUACCAUAUAAUUUUUUGUGUCAUUGUAUUAUUUAAUCUUUCAUAUCCUUGUCAUCUGUUGCAGCUGGUAAGGUUUCUAUAUUAUGAUAUUUCAAAAUUAUUUAUAUGGCAAAGUAAUUGCAAGAGUAAGUUUUUUGUUCAUUACAUUUUUUUUUUUUUUUUUGAAGUAUCAUCUAUAGCUGCUCUAUCUGUACCACCAUUAUCUGUUUCAGCUGUGCCAUCAUCAUCUACUCCAACUGUGGCAUCUUCAUCUGCUCCAACUGUGCUAUCAUCAUCUACUCCAACUGUGCCAUCAUCAUCUACUCCAACUGUGACAUCUUCAUCUGUUCCAACUGGUAGGGUUUACUAUGUAGUAUGAUUUUAAAUUUUGAUUUUUAUAUUUUUUUAACUUGCCUCUCUGUUAUCUAUUUUUAUUUUUUAUUUUUUAGGUUGGGGGAGGGGGGUUACACCCCCCUCCCGUACAUCAAUGCAAGUUGUGUAUUUGAAUUCCUGUAAAAUAUAGUUUUAUUAUGUAUACUAUUGAUUUCAAUGUAGUAAAGAUAAAAAUUUCAAUGAAAACAAGUUAUUUUUGAUGCUAGGGUGUA